AUGUCUCCCCCUAAACUUGAUUUCCCAGGGACUCCUCCUCCUCCUCCUCCUCCUCCUCCUCCUCCUCCUCCUCCUUCCUCUCCCCUCUCCUAUCCUUUCCCUCCUUUGCCCUUGAAGGAUCGUGGUCGAUACGCCCACGGACUUCUGACCUUGAGGAGUCCCAAGGAUUACGUUUUGGAUUCCGAUAGAAAUGAUUCCACACUGAGGCAAGCACCGCCCAUGUUAUCCACUGGGAACAUCGUCUGGAAAAUCCAGGAAGAGAUUUAUGAAAGCAAAAAGGGUUGUGCACCGAGAGCGUGUCCUGCCUCAACACAGACGCAAGGGGAGGAGGAGAAGUCCAGUGGGAGACUCCGACGGGGAGGAUGUCCAAAGGGAGAAACUACUGAGGGUGACUACAAGGGGAUCUCUCCUUUUCGUCUUCAUCAACUCCCUUUCAACCUCGCUGAUGCCUUCCACCCUCCACAACACCAUCAUCGUCAUUCCCUUCACCACCAUCUCUUCGCCGUCUCCUGCAUCAUCUCCAUCAUCCUAAUAUCCUUCGGCCUCAAACUUUCGCCUCCCAGCCCGUAUCCUCACUUACCACCCGAGACACUCUGGAGGAGGAGGAGGAGGAGGAGGAGGAGGAAGAGGAGGAACUGGAAUUGGAAUUGUGGCUCGCGGAAGACGAACCAAGGAAGCAAAGUGGAGGAAAAGGGGUUCCUGCGGGAAGCAGAAACGAGGUCAAAGUGA